UAAAUGUCUGAUUUAAAUUGCAAUUCUCCUACACAAUAUUCUAUUCAUGUGUUACGAAGGUCCGUUCUGCUUUUAUUUUGAAAAGCUCCGUUUUCUUCUUCUUGUGUGUUUUUGUGACGCUAACUUCCUGCUACUUACCAUUUGCAACGUGGAAGUCACGCAUCGUCGAAGCAAGGGUAAAACUUAUAAACUUAUUAGUUAUGUAUUGUGUUAAAUACAUUCGAAUGAUGUAAAGAGAGUUUAAAUCAUAAUUUAUUUCAUUAUUUUGUAUUGUUCGUACCUGUCAUUUCAAAAAGCUCCUAAUUAUGAGGGUGUGCCGAGAUGCUAGCUGGUGGAGGAAAUUCUUUUGAUUAGCGCCCUUGGAGAGCGGAUUGAGUUUUCACGGUGUUCAUGGUGUUCAAGAUGUUUACGACGUCAUGGUGCUUAUGGUGCUCGUCGAGAGAAACAAAAUAAAUCAACACCCGUUUGAAACUCUCUGCGUCUUGAUCAAACAAUCCGAGGGGCCGCUACAGUGAAAACUCAUCGCUGCACCAGCCCUGCCAUCCAUGAUGAGAAGCCGACGCCAUCUCAUCUGAGGUCCAACUACCAGCCAGUUUACUUCGCUUCCAACUCCUGCACCCAGACAAGACGUAAAAUGGACAACAUGCUUAAGGUACAACUAGAGAUGCAAAAGGAGACACUGGAUGCUAAGGAGCAAAAAGACUGAAAAAGAACUAUUUCCACACGUGCAAGCUUACAGCAUAACUGAAGCGAAAUAAAUAAUAACAUGGUAUUAUAAGGUCAAUAAUAACUUGCAAGCUAAGACUCUGUGCCUAACGCUUCUAAAAUGGUGACUAUUUCAAGAAACUGACCCAUGUACUUGUGUCAUGUGUAUUUAAGAAAGAGUUGAAGAAAAAUCUUGUUGUUACUGUUCAUGCUAAAAAACCUUUGGAUGUACAUAAUCUGUUAAUGCCUGACAUAAAUAUUACUCUGUGGUAAAGGAUAACUGCAGCUUACAAGUGUAAAUUCAGGCAUAACACAACCAAAGGCUACAAUCGAAGUAAAGCAGCAGCACAAACAAUCAAGAUGUCACUUAAAGACACACCAUGCAGGUCCAGCUCACGUGAAAGAAAGCUAACAGAGAAAGGCCAAGAGAUGCAUGACCAAGACACCAGGAAACGUGAGAAAGCAUUUAACAAGACCUAUGACUCUUGGAGGCUGGUAGCAAGGGAGACUAGAACAAAGUUAAAAACCCUCUGUUCAUUGGAAGACCUUAACGAAUUACAGCAAGGCAUUCAAGCCAAGCAUGAUGACGUAAGCCAGCAGUAUGAACCCAUUCUACGUAACAGUAAUACCACACCAGAGAUUGUAAAGAAAAUGGAUGCUUGUGUUACACUAACAAGGGACAUUUGUGACCUCAUAAGUGGCCGUCUAGAGACUAUUAAUCAAGAUUAUAAUGACCAACUUGAGAAGGAAAGGGUGAGAGAAACAUUAAACAAAGAUGAAUAUGGGUCUGUCUUUGGUCACACCCAAACUGAAACAGUAAGCUCAGCAAAGUCACCGGAGAGAUUGAGCAACCGCUCCAGCUCAGUUAGUACCCACAGCAGUAGAGUAGAUGCACAAGCAGAGCUUGCGGCUAAGCUGGAACAAUCAAAGGCCAUGAAAGAAAUCCAAGCGCAGCAAGCACAUCUUCACAAGUUAGAGGGUGAAUGGAAGCUUAAAGAAGCAAAAAUGUUGGCAGAAAUGAAACAAAAGGAGGUGGAAAUACAACAACAGUUGGAACAAGAGAGAGCCAAAUUGCAGCAGUUACAGGCAGAAAAGGACGUUGCUGUAGCAGCAGCUCGUCUGAGAGCAUAUGACGAUUUGGAAGGUUUUGAGGACCAUGAUGAGGAGAUUAAUGACAGAAUGCAAACUGAACCUCGAUUAAAUCCUGAUGCUGCAUCAUUCCAACCUCACCAAGCUGUGACUAUGAGCCAGGAGUCUGUCAGUCUGGCCCAAGCAAUCGCCAGCUCAUUAAGCAUGAAUCGCUUGCCGGUCCCUGAACCAACUACGUUCAGUGGCGACCCUUUACAGUUUACCGAUUGGAAGAUGCAAUUCACAGCUCUUAUUGACAGAAAACCCCUCCCACAAAGUGAGAAGAUGUUUUAUCUAAAAAAUUAUCUUGUUGGAGAGGCGCGCAAAGCUGUAGAAGGCUUCUUUUAUAGAGAUUCAGAGAGCGCGUACAGUGGAGCAUGGAGAGUCUUACAAGACAGAUAUGGGAACCCGUUCACCAUACAAAAGGCUUUCCGAGAUAAGCUCAUGAGGUGGCCAAAGAUCAGCACAAACGACCCACAAGCGCUACAACAGUUCGCUGACUUCCUCCAAGGCUGCACUGAGGCGAUCCCACACGUCAAAGGACUAGCUAUCCUUAACGAUUGUGAGGAAAACCACAAGUUGCUUAAAAAACUACCAGACUGGAUUGUGCGCAGUUGGAGUCGAAUUGUUGUAGAUGAACUUGACACAUCUGGAAACUAUCCAGAUCUUGCAUGCAUUACAAAGUUCCUGAGCAAAGAAGCACGGAUAGCCUGCAACCCUAUUGCUUCUCCAUGGUUGAUAAAUUUCAAGGCCACAGAUGAAAGAUCACCAAAGCGAGCCAAGGCUCUCAACACAAAUACACAAGCCAAGAGUUCCGUUCAGGAAAAACAAGAUACACACGUCAGUAAACUUAAAUCGCCUUGCUCCGUCUGUAAAAGUGAAGCUCAUAACAUCACCAAGUGUCCCAUAUUCGCAGCGAAAAGUGGUGAAGACAAAAAGGCAUUCAUCUGCGAAAAUAGGCUAUGCUUUGGGUGCAUGAGGAAGGGUCACAUUACCAAAGAUUGCAAGAGACGGCACACAUGCGACAUAUGCAGCCGUCGUCACCCAACCUGCUUGCACGAAGACAGGAAACAAAGACCUGUGGAAGCGUCAACGAAUAGCUCUCCUUCCACAGAAAACCAUGCCAGCUUGGAAACGCAUAAGGUCGUAUCCCAUGCAUCAACACACCAUGCUUCUGCUACCUCGAGUAUCGUGCCAGUCCUUGUGUCUUCAAUACAAGAACCACACAGAGAAGUACUUACGUACGCAAUACUGGACACACAGAGUGAUUCAACGUUUGUCUUAGAAGAUGUACUUGACAAAUUGAAUGUAGAUACCCAACAAGUACAACUGAAACUGAGUACUAUGACAGCUAUUGACACAAUCAUAUCGAGCAAGAACGUCCAUGGUCUACAGGUUCGAGGACUGCACUCCAAGAACCACAUCCAAGUACAGCAAGCCUACAGCCGUGAUUUUAUCCCGGUGGACAAGUCUUACGUCCCAACGAAGGAAACCGCAUUACGGUGGCCGCAUCUCAGACAUAUAGCAGAUAAGCUACCACCCCUUCAAGACUGUGAUGUAGGGCUCCUGAUUGGAUAUGACUGUCCAUCAGCGCUAGCUCCUCUUGAAGUUAUCAUUGGGGACAAAAAUCAACCGUUUGCACAGAGAUCAGAACUAGGAUGGAGUAUCAUAGGCACAUCAAACCCCCACCUAGACAGACAAGGAAGUCAGAGCUUUGUGCAUCGGCUCACAGUAAAAGAACUGCCAAAUCCAUCGGCGACAGAUGUUCUAAAGACCCUAGAAUCGGACUUCACUGAGAGAACUUAUGAAGAUAAAUAUGUGUCUCAGAAUGAUGUUCGUUUCAUACAGUUCCUCAGUGACAACAUCACUCAGAAAAAGGACGGACAUUAUCAGAUGCCACUCCCUUUCAAGAGCAACACGCCACCCAACCUACCAAACAAUAAGAGGCUAGCAACAGUUCGCCUGCAGUGUCUUAAGAAGAAACUAAAGACCAAUAAACAAUAUUAUGAUCAAUACAAAACAUUCAUGGAAGAAACAAUUAACAAGGGUGAUGCAGAGCCUGUCCCUACAACAUCUGAGGGAGAGACAGAGUGGUACCUUCCGCAUCACGGCAUCUAUCACCCCAGAAAACCAGACAAACUGAGAGUCGUAUUCGACUGUUCAGCCAAAUUCCAUGGUGUUUCUCUAAACGACACUCUACUAACUGGGCCUGAUCUUAUCAAUCCACUGGUAGGAGUUCUUUGCCGCUUCAGAAAGGAAGCCGUAGCGAUCAUCUGUGACAUCAAAAGAAUGUUUUAUCAGUUCUCAGUCACUCCUGAAUCCAGGAAUUAUCUGAAAUUCCUCUGGUGGAAAGGUGGAGAUUUGGAGAAGGAACCACAGGAAUACAGGAUGGCGGUUCAUCUCUUCGGAGCUGCAUCGUCUCCAGGAUGUGCCAACUUUGGCUUGAAACAUCUGGCACGGCAACACAAAGCCACCUAUCCGCUAGCAUCAACAUUUGUGGAGAAAAACUUUUAUGUUGAUGACGGGCUAGUCAGUGUCCCAUCGAUCGAGGAAGCCAAGAAACUUAUCACUGAGUCACAGGAGUUGUGCAAAAGAGGAGGCCUACGCCUUCACAAAUUCAACUCAAACGAGGAAGCAGCUCUCACUUGCUUGAAUCCCUCAGAAAGAGCAGCAACCAUCGAACCUCUGGGACUGGAUCCAACCCCGUCAGAACGUGCACUCGGCAUUCAAUGGUCAAUUAAAACUGACACUUUCAGCUUUAAUAGCAGCUUAAAAGAUCAGCCUUCAACCCGGCGUGGUUGCCUUUCGGUCAUUGCCUCUCUGUAUGACCCACUUGGAUUCAUCGCUCCAUUCAGCCUAACAGGAAAGCGUAUACUUCAAGAGCUGUGUCACCGAGGCAUCGGGUGGGAUGAUCCACUCCCAGAAGAUAUGAUGCUACGGUGGGAGGAGUGGAAAAAUGGUCUGCAUAAGUUGAAAGAGGUUUCAAUUCCGAGAUGUUACCAACCGUAUGACUCCCACAACAUUGUUAGAGUCGAGUUGCACCAUUUUUCGGAUGCCAGCUGCGUAGGAUACGGUGCAUGUUCUUACCUCAGGUACAAAAAUGACAUGGAUGAAGUCCAUUGCAGUCUUGUGUUGGCAAAGGCAAGGGUUGCACCCUCAAACGUCACAAGCAUCCCGAGGCUAGAACUCACGGCAGCUGUGGUUUCUGCAAAAGUCAGUGUCAUGUUAAAGACUGAACUUGACAUAAAGAUUGAUGAAGAAUUUUUCUGGACAGAUUCACAAGUUGUGCUUGGGUACAUUAACAAUGAUGCCCGUAGGUUCCACAUAUUUGUCGCAAACCGCGUUCAGCUGAUAAGGGAUAACAGUGAUCCCAGUCAGUGGCACUAUGUGGACACCGCAGAAAACCCGGCAGAUCAUGCCUCCCGAGGUCUUCGUGCUUCAGACAUUCACUCAACAAACUGGUUGCGAGGACCAAAGUUUCUCUGGGAGCGCGAAUUACUUCUAACACCCAGCGCUCCAUCAGAAUUACUCGUUGGUGAUCCGGAAGUCAAGACAAUUCAGGUGCUUGCAACAGAAGUCAAAAACUACAAUGACAUCCUCAGACGUCUACGUCAGUUUUCUUGGACGACAAUUCUUAAAGUAGUUGCAAGAAUUAAGAGGCUUGGGGUUAAAAUGAAACAACCCAGUGAGUAUGUGACUGUUAAGGAGCGUGAGAACGCUGCAGACGAAGUGAUUAAGAUCAUACAGCUGCAAGCCUUCCCUCAGGAGAUAAAGAUGCUUCAAGUCAGGCAGGAGGCGUCUGGGAACGCCAGAUCAGGACUGUCAGAAAUGUGCUGA